UGGGUUCACACACACACACACACAGACACAGACACAGACACACACACACCGGGCGGGCGGUGACGCAGCGGCAGCAGAAAGUGUCAGGUGUCUCAAGGUUUCACAAAAAAGACUGACUCAACGGAAGUUCGGACAGCAGAGAGCUUCACUACAUGUACAAACCUGGACCUGAAAUCUGUACAAGAUAUUUAAAACAGGUAUUUAAGCUACCAGAGAUGGAAAGUGGUCCAUUCAAUCGAAGGUCCUGGGCGACACAGUCCUUACGUGUCACCGCAAAGGAGCUGUCACUGAGUGGCCGAGGGAAGAACAAUGCCAUAGCUGAACGCUUCUCCAAGUACCAGAAAGCUGCUGAGGAGUCAAAUGCAGACAAGAAAAAAGGAUCUUUCGAGAGUGCACCCACCCAGCGGUCAGCAAACCUGAGCGCUCUGAAGAAGCGCUGGGAGCAGGCAGGGAACCUCGAUCAGGCGAAGCCUUCGUCUGUACGACCUCCGAGCCAGUCCAGCACUCGCAGCAGGCCUCCUGGUCUCUCCCGGCCUGCUUCUAUCGCUGAGCACUGUCCUCCAUUAAAGAGUCCCGACGCGCCGACCGCUCAGGAGGGUCAACUCGCAUCCAGUCGCGUCCAGAAGCCCUCAGCAGCUCGAAAGGCAUCCCAAGGUGAAGAGCAGACAGGGAUGGACAGGGAUGAGCUGACACACAACGAAAGACCUGAAAAGCUUGAAGAGCAAGCUCCAACCAGUCCCUGUGCCUCGUACGAAAAACCCCGAGUGCCACUGAACAACCUGAAGAUGAAGUUUGAGAGGGGAGAGGACGCCAUGGGAAAGGGUGGCAGGACAACACUGCGCAGUACUUCAUCAGAGGACAUGGACCAGCACUGCGCUCCGUCUGUGACUGACAGAGUUUUGGAGUCGACAUCCAUGAAGGAGAAGAUGGCCAAAUACCAGGCUGCUGUUACUAAACAAGGCGCCGCUCGCUCUGGUCUGACCCCAGAGGUGUCUGCUCCAAAAACAUCUGCACCAGUAAAUCAGAAACACAUUCCUGCACCUGAGUGCAAUGGAGAAAACAGUGAGCAACCGAAAGCAUCUAGGAAGUUCUGCCCACCGGUGAGGGAGACGUGCGUUGUGUGUCUAAAGACCGUGUACCCACUGGAGAGACUCGUGGCUCUGCAACAUGUCUACCAUAAAAGUUGCUUCCGCUGUGUUCACUGCAACAUGAAGCUCAGUCUUGGGAACUAUGCCUCUCUGCAUGGCAGCGUCUACUGCAAGCCCCAUUUCAGCCAGCUGUUUAAAGCAAAAGGCAACUAUGAUGAGGGAUUUGGCCAUCGGCCUCACAAGGAGCUUUGGGAGCCCCGUGCUGAUGAAGAGGAAGGUGAGGUAGAGGUGAAGCCAAAAGAACAAGUACCAGAGGUGGUGAGGCGUCCAGCGGAGAGUAUCUCAGACAAACAACCAACCCCAACUGAGGAAACAUCCCCACAGGUUAAGGUUACAGACCUGACUGCCUUACUGGAGACUCGUGUGCAGACACAAGUCCAAUCUACAGAGAAGCCAGCUGAGACACGCAGGCUGAGGGUGGCCUGGCCUCCUCCUGCUGAGGGCCACUCUGGGACAUCACCACUCAGUCCAGUCACGGAGGGAGCUCCUUCAAGCCGACCAUGGAGAGCCAAGUGGCCCCCAGAGGACGAGGUGACAUCGACCUUCCAGACCUCAGAUCGGGCUGAGCUGAAGGGCCUGAGGAGGAGCUCUUCUCUAAAGGAGCGCUGUAGGCCUUUUACAGUCGCAGCUAAACCCAACCCCACACCCAGUCUGGCACCCAGGGAACCUCGUCGCCCUCUCAAAUCCUUGCUGGAAUGGAGAGCAUCAUUCGAGGAGAAAAACCCAUCUGAAGAACCACCCAAGGAAAAGAAGCCAGAGCCUCUGCAGGUGAAACGGCAGGAAGAGAAAGAGCAGACGGUGCCCCAAACACUGAGUGAGACCAUCUCAGAGGAGGACGUGGAGCCUGAGCGGCAAGAAGAAAGAGACGGACAAGCACAGAGAGGAAAGGCAGCGGCAGCAGCAGCAGCAGCAGACAAGAUGACGGUAGACGAGGGCUCUCAUAGAAGCAUCUCCCCGGAUAUCACAUCGUCGCCCUCUCCACCUUCACAGCCGAAACAGAACCGCACCUCCCAGGAUGUGGGCUUCUGGGAGGAGGACAAAGAAGGAAGUGAUGCAGAGGAGCUGAGUGCAGAGGAUAUAAUCAAGAGGAACCGCUACUACGACGAGGAGUCAGAGGACUAGUUUUAUUGUCACGUUCAUCCACAAUAUAACACUUGAUCAGUUUUCUCAUCUUACAGGUAGAUCACAAAUGUAGCUCUCCUUUAUUCUAUAGUCUUCCCGGAGAGAUGCACGAAUACAUCACAUGUGUACGUGCAUAUACACUAUACUGCAAUAACUGCCUUUUAAAAUAAAACAUUUUGAUUAUUAUUUUUACGUUUUAAUUAUAUACUGUUACAAUAUCUAAUACAUGUUUUAUAUGAUUCCUGAUUAUACUGGAAGGUGGGCCUCUAUUAAAUUGAAUCAUUACA